AUGCCAGAGCUCAUCGACACCUAUCUCGCUUGGCAGCAUCCGCUCUCAACUCCCGCAGCUCCUGCAGCUGAUGAAGCACGAGAUAAUAUGGCGUACACCUUCGACAUUGCAGUACUUAAUAUAUACACCCUCACCCCCUCCGUUACAGUCCCUCGUGCUGCGAAUGCCACCAUGGCCCAGAGUCUCGUGCGAAAUGGAUACCUCGGUAUGACAUCUAUCAACCCCUCCUUGGCGAUCUCUUUGAAGAGCCUAGAGCUCCUCCGAGCUCUCCGACUUUUCAAGGCUUCGUUCAGCAUUGAAGCUUUCGCCAAAUUACUGUGUCACUACUACAAGCUACCGUUUCGACACUGCUAUUGUACAGUUCUCACGGACGUGUUCGAGAUUUACCUCGCCAUCCUGCGUGAGGUAGACAAGUGCAUCACAAGCACUCUCGGUCGAGACACACUGAACUGGCGCAUACUGAAUGCUUGUCCCGCAUGUUGCUAUAAACUGGAAGACGAAUCCCCACAGGUAUGGAAGAGAAUGUUUUGCAUAGAUGGGAACAACUCCCUCAAGCGUAUCGCCCAGGUCGGUGGCAGGUUAUGCAGCGAUAUUUGCGUGUUCAACGAGAGCAACUACUACCUGUUGCUGGAGUAUGUCGAUCAAUUUGCAGAUGAGGUGGAGAAUGAGAUCCUUCAAAAGCAUGACACAGAUGAGCACAGCAACAAAAAUGAUCCAGAUCAACUCGAUGAGAUGAAUGAUCCGAUGACAGGCACUUCGGACUCUGCAGUCAUCCCAUGCACAGAUAAUUGGAAAGCGGCAGCAGCAGAUGAGAAGAAGUGCAUGUGGGCAAUCUUCGAGGAGACGAGGAUCUUCGCAAGUGCCUGUCCGCAUGAGUUCGUUCUGUGGCUGAUCAACAUGGUCCGCAGUGGCAAAUUAGCAAAGUAUCCUUUGGCCAUCAUAUCGAGGGUGCUUGAGGUGUUUGGCGAGAAGUCACUUUGCGGAUAUGACAUUGGAUGCAGUUUUGAAGGGACCAUAUGCCGCAGCUCUCUGGGUCUCGAGUGGCAACACCAUGGGUGUAGAUGCUGCGUGAAUGCCUUUCACGGGUACUCUCACAACUAUCGCUGCCAGACAACAAAUCAUCCGAACGCAAUCAUCGGCAUGAGCUUAGAGGACCUGGAGACACUCGAGCGUGUCUUCAGCAGGUCGAACGAGCUCACCCCGAUUACGUGA